UGCAGGAGAACGAGAAGGAGAGCGUGCGGCACAUUCAGACAGUUGUAAUAAACGUCUGUAGGUUAGGAUUGAUAGUGUUCUGUUUAUGGUGGGAGACUGGACUGAAGACUCACUGCAGGGCUCCUCACAACCCACACACACACCCCAGGACCACAGAUGAAUGACACUCAGCCUCCAGAGGAGGAUAUUCUAGGAGGGGACCAUGUUCCCAUCGCUGAGGCUCCUGGCUCCCCCCUUGCCACAGAGCCCCAGGCAGGGGAGCCCCAGGACCCUAUCCCCCCCUCAGAUAUGGAGCUCCAGGGCAGUGAGCAGGAAGGCGUUUCCCUCCCAGAGAAGAGAUCCCACGGUGGGCUGGAGAGUCUAGCAGAGCAGCCGGUGGAAACGGAUGAAAUCCCAAACCUCAUGAUAACGCAGAAUCUAAAUCCUCCUCCUAUUGAGCUGAGAAGAGAGUCAAUUGCCAAGAGCUACCGGCGAGUAGGAGGGAUCAAACUAGCAAGCACAAAUCAAAUGGUCUCUCCCAUCGCCGGUAACGCCUCCAUCACUGGCAUCUCGGUGUCCGGUAAACGAACCAUGGUUCUGUCCAACGAGGCCAAGAGAGAGAUGGCCAGAAAGGCCCGGGCCCUGAAGGAAGAGAGAAAGGCUGCGCUGGACGGUCGACACAGGUACCUGAUCAGCAGGCUGGCUGACUCCGGGCCACUGCCGGAGCACGAGGCGGAGGAAGUUCUCAUCUCAGAUGACAAGUUCAGGCUGAUAGAGGACUUCUUUGCUGCCAAUGGAUCCAAAAGGCUUAUUUUCUUCUAUCAAGACACAAAACAGUCCUCUUCCAAUAUGGAGGCUAACAGCAGUGGUCCCGCAAUCAGAAAGCUCUUCCUGACCACAGGAAGUUCUGAGCCUUUGCUAGGAAAGUGUAUGUUCUUUCUGAGGACGACAGACAAGGCGAUCACCACUGCUAAUGUACAACAGGAAGUGAACUUUGGCCAGCUGGACUGCUGUGACGACAGCUUGCUGCAGAGUGUGGAGAGGCUUCUGUCCCAGGUCAUGCUACCUGCUCUACGCUCCCAGCAGAGCUGGGGCAGCAUGAAGGAGGGCCAGGGCAGCCCUGAUGUGCAGGUGUUCCUGGGGUCCGUGGAGCACUUCAUCAGCCACCUGAGCUCAGCCAGGCUCAACAUGGAGAACCUCUUCCAGCUGCAGCCCCCGGAGCAGCAGGACCUGCUGGAGGCCGUGGACCAGCUGAGCAGCCCUGCAGACUACAACGACGCGGCCAAUGACAGUGAGCUGGUGGAGCGUCUGGAGGGCGUUAUCUCGGUGUGGACCAAUCAGAUCAGGCAGGUGUUAACCGAGAGCGAGCAGAUGAGGAAGGAGGCCGACGACAUCGGACCGGUCGCAGAGCUGGAGCACUGGAAGAGACGCAUGACCACGUUCAACAGUCUGAUGGAGGAGGUGAAGCGCCCCCUGGUAAAGAGGAUUCUUGGAGUUCUACAGGUGGCCAAGUCCAGAACCAUACGCACUUGGAGAGAACUGGAUGGAAACAUCACUGUGGUGGCUAACGAAGCUAAGAACAACGUCCGCUACCUCUACACCCUGGAUCGCUUCUUCGGACCCCUCGGGAAAUCCACCCCAACCAGCGUGCUGGACCACAUCCCCAGACUGAUGGCCAGCGUCCGGAUGAUCCACGUCUUCUCCCAGUUCUACAACACGCCGGAGCGGAUGACCUCGCUGUUUGUCAAGGUCACCAACCAGAUGAUCAGCACCUGCCGCGCCUACCUGACGCAGGACGUGACAAAGGUCUGGGAGCACAGCAGGCCAGAGUUGCUGCAGCGUAUCUCUGAGUGCUGCCAUCUGAACGCUUCCUACCAGAAGAGUUUCCAUGCCGUUAGGGACAAACUGAGAGAGACCCCAGAGGAGCGACAGUUUGACUUCAGCGAGAACUACAUCUUUGGAAAGUUUGACACGUUCUGCCGGCGUCUGGAGAAGCUAGCAGAAAUGGCGUCCACGCUGGAGAGUCUGCAGUCUCUGGGGAACAUGAAGGUGGAAGGCAUCGAGAAGAUCUACUCCCGCUACCAGACCAUUGUCUUUACGGUGAAAUCCAAGAACUACGACAUGCUGGAUCACCGCAAACUAGAGUUUGACAGCGACUAUGAGGACUUCCAGCUCCAGGUCCAGAGUGUGUUCCAGUCUCUGCAGUCUCUACUGGACUCCUGGUUCAGUCACUCUCUCCCUACACAGCGCAUGCUGGAGAUGCUGGCGGUGUUUGAGGGCGGCCUGGGCGCCCGUCUGGACCUGAAGGAGCGCUACCUGGAGGUGCUGCAGCGCUACAGCCGGGACCUGGAGCUGGUGAGGAGGACCUACCAGAAGCAGAGGGAGAACCCCCCCAUACCCCGCAACACCCCCCCCGUGUCAGGCAGGAUCAUGUGGUGUCGCCAGCUGUACAGAAGGAUGGAGGCUCCCAUGUUGGUGCUCCGGGAGAAGCUGGACCUCCUCAAGGGCCCUGAGAUGAGCAGUGUGAUCAGGAGCUACAACAGGAUGGCAGUGGUGCUGGUGGAGUACGAGGCCUUGUACGUGCGUGGGUGGAGCAAGGCCGCCGAGAGCAGCCGACACCGGCUCAGCGCCUCGCUACUGGUCCGGGCCGACCCCUCAAAGGAGCUCUUGGUGAACCUUGACCCCAUGGUUCUGGAAGUAAUGCAGGAGUUCUGGUAUUUUACCAAACUGGGCCUGGCGGUACCAAAGGUUGUCGUGGCGAUGAGCUCCAAAGAACAGCACAUAAAAACGUUGUAUCAGCGAUUGGUGCAGAUACUCCAGGACUACAGGGAGAUACUGGCCAGGAUCCCAGCCAUCCUCUCCCCCCUGAUGGAGCCCUUCAUCGGCCGCGUGGAGGCGGCCCUUUCUCCCGGACUCACAACCCUCUGCUGGAGCGCCCUUAACACUGACACAUUCAUAGAGAACGUCUACACGGCCCUGAGGGAACUGGAUCAAGUGUCUAGGGUGGCCACAGACACCCUGGAGUGUCGCAUCGAGCGGCUCCUCCAGGACAUGGGGUCCUGCGGCCUGUUGGAGCUGCCCGUGGAUGUGCCCGUCAGUCCCAAUGACUUCCUGCAGCAGUCGGAGCGUUUGGUGGGGUCUGCUGCCCUCACUCUCUGCUGGCAGAGUCAGCAGGUUGAAAAGUAUGUGUUUGAACUGAUGGACGAGCUGAAGAGGAAGAUGAAGCCAAAAGAGACUGUGAAUCUAGAGGGGUCCCACCAUUGUCUGCAUCCAGAUGGGAAGCAGCAGACCAGAUGUCAGGAGUGUCUUCCCUGUCGGUUCUUCAACCUGAUCGGUCACGUAUGCCAGCGGAACACUGACGCCUUGCUCAGAGCCACCAGGUCGUCCCUGGAGGCCUUCAGGAAGCGGCUGCACGUGGUCAGCUCCUACCCCUCCACCUCCUCCUCCUCCGACGGCCCCUCCAAGGACCAGGAGGGCCCUGCUCCUCUCUUCAGGGCCUCCAUCCAGCUGACCAUACCCAACAUAGUGCUGCGGCCCAGCCUGGACCACAUACAGGCUACGGUGAACAAGGUCGUGAACAUCGUGGUGUCCAUGGCUAAAGACAUCCCCUUGUGGUCAUUCACUCACCUGCACCACAAACAGCUCCAGUUGGAGCAAGCAGCCCUGCGGGAUGCUGGGGACGACAGUCCUAUCAAGCAGUUGGUCCUGAGGCCUCUGGACCGGCAGCUGGCCGAACAAAAGGAUGUCACCAAGUCUGUUAUCCAGUUGGGCUCUGUGGUCUCCUCUCUCAAGACUCAGAGCACCAACACGCUCACACAACUAGCCCACUUCUCCACCCUCUGGAUCCAGGAUCCAGAGGAGCAGGUGAAGAGCUUCCUGGAGACAGAGCCCUCCCUUACUGAGUUCAGCUCCCAGAUCUCCCACUACUCUAAGCUGGAGGCUCAGAUCGAGGAGCUGCCCGCCUCCUUCACGGUGGGCUCGGUGCUGCUGGACACGGAGCAGCUGAAGCUGUCGCUCACCCAGGAGUGCCGCGUGUGGAAGCGUGCGUUUGGUGCCGCGCUGAACCGCCGGGCGUCGGAGAGUAUGGGCGAGGUGUUCUCCUUCAUCGAGAGCCUGAACAAGCGCCUGCAGCGGCCCAUCGGAGACCUGGAGGACGUGCGGGAAGCCAUGUCCGCACUGAAGGAGGUGCGUGAGGCGGAGAUCCGCAUCGACGCCACCAUCGGGCCGGUGGAGGAGUCCUUUGCUCUCCUCAACAAGCACCAGCUGUCCUUCAGCGACGGCAGUGCAGAGCGGGUGGAUGGACUCAGCUACGGGUGGAAGAACCUCAACGCUCUGGUGAUUGAGAACCAGAACACCCUGGUGAAGAUCCAACCCUCCAUGAAGGCCGAUCUCCUGUCUGGUGUGGAAGCCUUUCAGACUGAGGCCGAGAAAUUCUACGCAGAGUACGACCAGAGUGGUCCAGGUGUGGAUGGCCUGGCACCGUCUGAGGCCAGCUACAGACUGCAGGUCUUCCAGGCAGAGUUUGAUCAGCUGUGGAGGAAAUAUACCGCAUGCUCUGAAGGAGAAGAGCUUUUUGGGCUUACUGUCAACGAGUACCCAGAGCUGCAGCGCAUCAGGAAGGAGCUGGGUUUGUUGUCCAAGCUGUACUGUCUGUACACCGCGGUCACCAACAGUGUGGCAGGCUACCAAGAAAUGCUGUGGGCCGACCUCAACACAGAAACGAUCAACACCGAGCUGCAGGAAUUCCAGAACAAGAUCCGUAAGCUGCCCAAGGCCCUGAAGGAGUGGCAGGCCUUCAAAGACCUGAAGAAGACUCUGGAUGACUUCACUGAAACCUGCCCGCUGCUCAACAUGAUGAGUAACAAGGCCAUGUUGCCCAGACACUGGACUAGGAUAAGUGAGAUGACCGGUCACAGCUUCCAGGUGGACUCAGACACCUUUUCCCUGAAGAACAUCCUGGAGGCCCCGCUCUUAAAGCACAAGGAGGACCUUGAGGAUGUAUGCAUCAGUGCCACGAAAGAGAAGGACAUCGAGGCCAAGCUGAAGGACGUGAUGGCGGAGUGGAGCGCCCACACACUCACCUUCGCACAGUUCAGGACGCGGGGGGAGCUGCUGCUGAAGGGGACGGACACGGCGGAGAAGAUCUCCCUGAUGGAGGACAGCCUGAUGGUGCUGGCUUCUCUACUGAGCAACAGAUACAACAUUCCCUUCAAGCCAUCCAUCCAGCUGUGGAUCCAGAAGCUGUCCAACACCACGGAGGUCAUCGAGAAGUGGAUGUCGGUGCAAAACCUGUGGAUCUACCUGGAGGCCGUGUUUGUAGGGGGGGACAUCGCCAAGCAGCUUCCUCAGGAAGCCAAGCGUUUCCAGAACAUUGACAAGUCAUGGCAGAAGAUCAUGCAGAGAGCCCACGAGAUACCCGGCAUUGUGCAGUGCUGUGUGGGGGACGAGACCCUCAACCAGCUCCUGCCUCACCUCUUGGAGCAGUUGGAGUUGUGUCAGAAGUCUCUGUCGGGCUACCUGGAGAAGAAGAGGCUUGUGUUCCCACGCUUCUUCUUCGUGUCCGACCCCUCCCUGCUGGAGAUCCUGGGCCAGGCGUCCGACUCACACACCAUACAGGCCCACCUGUUGAGUCUGUUUGAUAAUGUGGACCAGCUGGGGUUCAGUGAGAAGAGCUAUGACCAGAUCCUCUCCUUCCAGUCUCAUGAGGGGGAGAGUGUGGACCUGCACCAACCCGUCCUGGCACAGGGUAACGUGGAGGUGUGGUUGGGCCAGCUGUUGGAAGGGGUCAGACAAACUCUGCACGAGGUCAUCCGACAGGCCCACCACGCCAUCAGCGACCCGGGCCUCAAAAUCCUGGAGUUCCAGUCGGCGUUCCCUGCCCAGGUGGGCCUGCUCGGCCUGCAGAUGAUCUGGACCCAUGACGCAGAGGAGGCCCUGAAGCUCAGCAGAAGCGACAAGAAGAUAAUGCAAACCACCAAUCAGAAGUUCAUGGAUGUUCUGAACGAGUUGAUCGACAUGACGACCAGGGACCUGAGCAGGAACGAGCGGACCCAGUACGAGACUCUCAUCACCAUCCACGUUCACCAGAAGGACAUCUUCGAUGAGCUGGUGAGCUUGAACAUCCGAUCCCCGCUGGACUUUGAGUGGCAGAAGCAGUCCCGCUUCUACUUCCAGGAAGACACGGACCGCUGCGUCAUCCAGAUCACCGACGUGGAGUUCGUCUACUGCAACGAGUACCUGGGCUGCACCGACCGCCUGGUCAUCACCCCGCUCACAGACAGGUGCUACAUCACCCUGUCCCAGGCCCUGUGGAUGGGUAUGGGCGGGGCUCCGGCUGGGCCCGCAGGGACAGGUAAGACGGAGACCACCAAAGACAUGGGUCGCUGUCUUGGGAAGUAUGUAGUGGUCUUCAACUGUUCUGACCAGAUGGACUACAGAGGACUGGGACGGAUCUACAAAGGGCUGGCCCAGUCAGGAGCCUGGGGCUGCUUCGACGAGUUCAACCGUAUCGAGCUGCCCGUGCUGUCUGUGGCAGCGCAGCAGAUAUACGUCGUCCUACUGUGCAAGAGGAACAAGAAGAAGCAGUUUGUCUUUACCGACGGGGAUAUUGUGGACAUGGACCCUGAGUUUGGCAUCUUCCUCACCAUGAACCCAGGCUACGCCGGGCGCCAGGAGCUCCCGGAGAACCUGAAGAUCCAGUUCAGGACGGUGGCCAUGAUGGUGCCCGACCGCGCCAUCAUCAUGAGGGUCAAGCUGGCCAGCGCCGGUUUCCGUGACAACCAGGUGCUCAGCCGGAAGUUCUUCACCCUCUACAAGCUGUGCGAGGAGCAGCUCUCCAAACAGGUCCAUUAUGACUUUGGCCUGAGGAACAUCCUGUCGGUUCUGAGGACCCUGGGAUCCGUGAAGAGAUCCAACCCCACUGAACCAGAGAAGACUGUUGUCAUGAGGGUCCUCCGGGACAUGAACCUCUCCAAGCUGGUGGACGAGGACGAGCCCUUGUUCCUCAGUUUGAUCAACGAUCUGUUCCCUGGAAUCGUGUUGGACAAAGCAGGUUAUCCAGAAUUAGAGGCAGCUCUCAAUCACCAGACGGAGGUAGCUGGUUUGAUACCCCAUCCUCCCUGGAUCCUCAAACUGGUGCAGCUUUAUGAGACACAGCUCGUGCGACACGGUAUGAUGACCCUGGGUCCGAGCGGCGCGGGGAAGUCCACCUGCAUCAGCACCAUGAUGAAGGCCAUGACGGAGUGUGGCGCGCCCCACAGGGAGAUGAGGAUGAACCCCAAGGCCAUCACCGCGCCCCAGAUGUUUGGCUCGCUGGACGUCAGUACCAACGACUGGACCGACGGCAUCUUCUCCACCCUCUGGAGGAAGACGCUGAAGGCCAAGAAGGGGGAAAACAUAUGGAUCGUCCUGGACGGUCCAGUGGACGCAAUCUGGAUCGAGAACCUAAACUCGGUUCUGGAUGACAAUAAAACGUUAACCCUGGCCAACGGAGACCGAAUCGCCAUGUCUCCAUGCUGCAAGGUGGUGUUUGAGCCCCACAACAUCGACAACGCCUCCCCAGCCACGGUGUCCCGCAACGGGAUGGUCUUCAUGAGCUCCUCUGUGCUGGACUGGAGGCCCAUCCUGCAGGCCUGGCUACAGGCCCUGCCCCAAACCCAGGCCCAGCCCCUACAGGAGUGCUUCAAUGGAUCUUACCAGGAUCUGGUGGACUUUGUCUCCACGGCUGUUUCUCCUAAAAUGCAGGUCUUGGAGUGUAUGUACAUCAAGCAGACCAUCGAUCUUCUGCAGGGCCUUCUCCCUGCCUCGGAGGAGAAACAGCGUAGCCGUGGCGACCUGGGACGGCUGUUUGUGUUUGCAGUCAUGUGGUCGCUGGGAGCUCUGCUGGAACUGGAAGAUAGAGCCAAGUUAGAGGCCUUCUUAAAGGGUCACCGUACAUGCCCUGACCUGCCCAAGACCGAGCAGGACCAAACCAUCUUUGAGUUCACGGUCAACAGCAAGGGAGACUGGGAACACUGGUGCCACAAGGUCCCGGAGUACCUGUACCCCGCAGACAGCGUGCCGGACUACGGCGGCAUCCUGGUGCCCAACGUGGACAACGUGCGGACAGACUUCCUGAUCCAGACCAUCAUGAAGCAGGGCAAGGCCGUCCUGCUCACCGGGGAACAGGGCACCGCCAAGACCGUCAUGAUCCGGGGCUACACCAACAAGUUUGACCCUGAGCUGCAGAUCAGCAAGGGGGUCAACUUCUCGUCCGCCACGCUGCCCAACAUGUUCCAGAGGAACGUGGAGAGCUACAUCGACAAGCGCAUGGGCACCACCUACGGCCCUCCGGCCGGCAAGAAGAUGACCAUCUUUGUAGAUGACAUCAACAUGCCCAUCAUCAAUGAAUGGGGAGACCAGAUAACCAAUGAGAUUGUGCGGCAGCUGAUGGAGCAGGGGGGUUUCUACAGUUUGGACCGACCGGGGGAGUUCACCACUGUAGUGGACAUUAAGCUGAUCGCUGCCAUGAUCCACCCGGGCGGCGGGAGGAACGACAUCCCUCAGAGGCUGAAGCGGCAGUUCUCCAUUUUCAACUGCACCUUGCCCUCCAACACCUCCAUAGACAAAAUCUUCUGCACCCUGGCCCAGGGCUACUUCUGCCCAGAGAGGGGCUUCCCCGAGGGCGUGUGUUCGCUGGCCGGCGCCUUGGUCCCCACCACCAGGAAGAUGUGGCAGGCCAUCAAGGCCAAGAUGCUGCCCUCACCUGCCAAGUUCCACUACAUAUUCAACCUGAGGGACUUGAGUCGCAUAUGGCAGGGGAUUCUGGCGGUAAAAUCAGAAGUGUGUCAGAGCCCAGAGAUUCUGGCCGCUCUAUUCCACAACGAGUGCUCCCGGGUCAUCUCCGACCGCUUCAUCGACGCCAAAGACACCGAAGUCUUUGAAGCCAUCAUGGAGAAGAUCACAGUGGAGGAUCAUGGGAUAGCAGUGACUGAGCAUGUGCAGUGGAACAGCUACUUUGUGGACUUUCUGCAAGAGGCGCCGGAGGCGACGGGGGAGGAGGGCGAGGAUGUAGAGCUGGACGCCCCCAAGGUGUAUGAGCCAAUCGAAUCACUGGAUUCCCUGGAAGCGCGCCUGACCACCUUCCAGCAGCAGUACAACGAGGCUGUGAGGGGCGGAGCCAUGGACCUGGUUUUCUUCAAGGAUGCAAUCUCCCACCUGAUCAAGAUCUCACGCAUCCUGCGGACCCCCCAGGGCAACGCACUGCUGGUGGGGGUGGGGGGCUCAGGGAAGCAGAGUCUGACCCGACUGGCCUCCUUCAUCGCUGGCUACCAGACCUUCCAGAUCACCCUCACCAGGACGUACAACUGCAGCAACCUCCUGGAGGACCUUAAGAUUCUGUACCGCAUCGCCGGACAGCAGGGGAAGGGCGUCACCUUCCUCUUUACAGACAACGACAUCAAGGACGAGGCCUUUCUAGAGUACAUGAACAACGUCCUGGCCAGUGGGGAGGUGUCCAACCUGUUUGCCCGGGACGAGUUGGAUGAGAUCACGCAGGACCUCAUCGCCCCCAUGAAGCGCCAACUCCCCCGCAUCCCGCCCACCAUGGAGAACCUCUACGACUUCUUCCUGUCCCGUGUCCGCAGCAACCUCCAUGUCGUCCUCUGCUUCUCGCCGGUCGGGGAGAAGUUCCGCAGUCGUGCGUUGAAGUUCCCAGCACUCAUCUCCGGCUGCACAGUGGACUGGUUCCAGCGUUGGCCCCGGGACGCCCUGGUGGCCGUGGCGCAUCACUUCCUGUCUCAGUUCAAGGACUUCCGCUGCUCAGAGGAAGUGAAGAGUAGCGUGGUGGCGACCAUGGGGACCUUCCAGGACCUGGUGGCAGAGAAGUGUACAGAGUACUUUGACCGGUUCCGCCGGCAGACCUACGUCACGCCAAAGUCCUAUCUAUCCUUCAUCGAUGGCUACAAAAUCAUCUACUCUGAGAAGAUCUCCUACGUGGGCAUGCUGGCAGAGCGCAUGAAGACAGGCUUAUCAAAGCUGAUGGAGGCAGAAGUGUCGGUGAGCCAGCUGUCCAAGGAUCUGGUGGUGAAGGAGCGAGAGCUGGCGGUCGCCUCGCAGAAGGCUGACGGGGUCCUGCAGGAGGUCACCGUCAAAGCCCAGGCUGCUGAAAAGGUGAAGCAGCAGGUGCAGAAGGUGAAGGACAAGGCCCAGGCCAUUGUGGAGGAGAUAGGGGCUGAUAAGAGCGUGGCGGAAACCAAACUGGAAGCCGCCAAGCCAGCCCUGGCCGCUGCUGAGGCUGCACUGCAGACUAUCAAGCCAACUGACAUAGCGACAGUGAGGAAGCUGGGGAAGCCUCCUCAUCUUAUCAUGAGGAUCAUGGACUCUGUGCUGCUGCUGUUCCAGAGAAAGGUGGACACUGUGAAGGCUGACCCAGAGCGGGCGUGUCCCAGACCCUCCUGGCCAGAGGCCAUGAAGCUGAUGCAGAACUCUGGCUUCCUCGGCAUGCUGCUUAACUUCAGCAAGGACACUAUAACUGAGGAGAUGGUGGAGCUACUGGCCCCCUACCUGGACAUGGAGGACUAUAACCUGGAGUCGGCCAAGAGGAUCUGUGGCAACGUGGCCGGCCUUUGCGCCUGGACUGAGGCCAUGGUCGACUUCUUCUCCAUCAACAAGGAAGUGCUACCCCUGAAGGCUAACUUGGCUCUGCAGGAGGCCCGUCUUGUGGUGGCCCAGCUAGAGUUAUCUAACGCUCAGGCACAACUAGACGCUAAGCAGCAAGAGCUGGACGCUGUGCAGGCGCUGUAUGACUCCGCCAUGCAGGAGAAGCAGGAGCUGCAGGAUGGCGCUGAGGCCUGCAGGACCAAGAUGACCACCGCCACGGCUUUGAUCGGUGGACUGGGGGGAGAGAAGGUGCGCUGGACAGAGAGCAGCCUGAUGUUCCAGAGCCAGAUUGAGCGUCUGGUGGGAGAUGUGCUGCUAGCUACUGGCUUCCUCUCCUACGCCGGCCCCUUCAACCAGGAGUUCAGGAACCUAAUGCUCUCCCUGUGGAAGACGGAGAUGAGCCAGCAGCACAUUCCCUUCAGCCACGACGUGAAUGUGAUCAGCAUGCUGGUGGACAGCACCACGGUGGGGGAGUGGAGCCUGCAGGGCCUGCCCAACGACGACCUGUCCAUCCAGAACGGCAUCGUGGUGACCAAGGCCUCACGCUACCCCCUGCUCAUCGACCCCCAGGGCCAGGGCAAGAUCUGGGUCAAGAACCGGGAGGCGGAUAACAGCCUGCAGGUGACCUCUCUCAACCACAAGUACUUCCGCACCCACCUGGAGGACAGUCUGUCCCUCGGCAGGCCCCUGCUCCUGGAGGACGUUGGGGAGGAGCUGGACCCCGUCCUGGACAACAUCCUGGACAAGAACUACAUCAAGUCUGGAUCAACCUAUAAGGUGAAGGUGGGGGACAAGGAGGUGGACGUGAUGCAGGGCUUCUCUCUCUACAUCACCACCAAGCUGGCCAACCCGGCCUACAGCCCCGAGGUCAGCGCCAAGACAGCCGUGGUGGACUUCACCGUCACGCAGACGGGCCUGGAGGACCAGCUGCUGGGCCGCGUCAUCCUCAUAGAGAAACAGGAGCUAGAGUCUGAGCGGGUGAAGCUCCUGGAGGAGGUCACGUCCAACAGGAGGAGGAUGCAGGAGCUGGAGGACCGGCUGUUGUACCGGCUGACCAGCACAGAGGGCUCCCUGGUGGAGGACCAGUCCCUCAUCGAGGUCCUCAGGGUCACCCAGGCCACCGCCCAGGAGGUGAGUGAGAAGCUGACCAUCGCUGCAGACACUGAAGUGAAGAUCAAUCAGGCCAGGGAGGAGUACCGCCCGGUGGCCACCAGAGGCAGCAUCCUCUACUUCCUGAUUGUUGAGAUGUCUCUGGUGAACCUCAUGUACCAGACCUCUCUCAGACAGUUCCUUGGAAUAUUCGACUCGUCCAUGGAGAACUCGACCAAGUCACAGCUCACAGCCAAACGCAUCAACAACAUUAUUCACUUCCUGACCUAUCAGGUGUACUGCUACACUUCCAGGGGGUUGUAUGAAAGUGACAAGCUCCUUUUCACCCUGCUGCUGGCGCUGAAGACCGACCUGCAGGCCCACAAAAUCUCCCACAGCGAGUUCCACUCCUUCAUCAAAGGUGGGGCCUCCCUGGACCUGAACUCGGUUGAACCUAAACCCCGGCGUUGGAUCCUGGAUAUGACCUGGCUCAACCUGGUUCAGCUGUCCAGCCUGCACCCCUUCACACAACUCCUCGUACAGGUGAACCUUAAUGAACGUGCUUGGAGGAACUGGUUUGACCAAUCGGCACCAGAGGACGCCACGUUGCCUGAUGGCUACCAGGACCUGCUCGACACCUUCAGGAAACUCCUUCUGAUCCGCAGCUGGUGUCCGGACAGAACCAUAGCUCAGGCCCGUCGCUACAUCGCAGACUCCCUUGGGCCGAAGUACUCAGAGGGUCUGGUGCUGGACCUGGACUCCAUGUGGGCCGAGAGCGACAGCAAAACCCCCAUGGUCUGUCUGCUCUCCAGCGGCUCUGACCCCACAGAGAACAUCGAGCGGCUGGCCAGGAAUAAGGGGGCACCAUGCAGGCCCAUCUCCAUGGGCCAGGGCCAGGAGAUCCACGCUCGCCGUCUAUUGGCCAGCAGCAUGACAGACGGCGGCUGGCUCCUCCUCCAGAACUGCCACCUCGGUCUGGACUUCCUGGAAGAACUCUUGGACAGCGUCACCAUGCCAACAGAGAGUGUGCACGAGGGCUUCCGCGUGUGGCUAACGACCGACGUGCACCCCAAGUUUCCCAUCGCAUUCCUCCAGUCGGCAAUUAAGUUCACCAACGAACCUCCGCUUGGAAUGAAAGCUGGACUGAAGAGGACCUAUGGGGGCGUGACCCAGGAGCAGCUGGAGGUCUCCAACCUCCCUCAGUGGAAACCUCUGCUGUACGCUGUGGCCUUCCUGCACACCGUCGUCCAGGAGCGUCGUAAGUUUGGUCCUCUUGGUUGGAACAUCCCCUACGAGUUCAACCAGGCAGACUUCUACUCCAGCAUGCAGUUUGUCCAGAACCACCUGGAUGACCUGGACCCAAAGAGAGGCGUCAACUGGUCCUGCAUACGCUACAUGUUGGGGGAGGUCCUGUACGGAGGCCGGGUGACGGACGACCUGGACAAACACCUGCUCAACACCUUCACCCGCGUGUGGUUCAGUGAGACCACCUUCUCCGACAAGUUCUGCUUCUACAAGGGCUACAGCAUCCCUGGCUUGGCCAAGACGGUGCAGGACUUCCAGGCGCACAUAGAGACCAUGCCCGUAGCGGACACGCCCGAGGUGUUUGGGCUUCAUCCCAAUGCCGACAUCACCUACCAGACAAAUCUGGCCAAUCAGAUACUCAUCACCAUCAUCAACAUCCAACCAAAGGACAGUGGGGGCGGGUCCGGAGAAACCAGGGAGGCAACAGCUCAGAGGCUAGCCAGUGAGAUGCUGGGGAAGCUACCACCUGAUUAUGUGCCACAUGAGGUCAAAGCCCAGCUCAAGAAGAUGGGUUUGCUCCAGCCAAUGAACAUCUUCCUCAAGCAGGAGGUUGGUCGCAUGCAGCUAAUCAUAAGCAUUGUGCGGAGCACGCUCAUUGACCUCCAGCUGGCCAUAGACGGCACCAUCAUCAUGUCGGAGGCCCUGCGGGACGCCCUGGACUGCAUGUACGACGCCCGCAUCCCGGCCCUGUGGCUGAAGCUCAGCUGGGACUCGGCCACACUGGGCUUCUGGUUCACCGAGCUGCUGGACCGCAACCAGCAGUUCAGUGGCUGGAUGAGCAACGGACGGCCCCUACAGUUCUGGCUGACGGGCUUCUUUAACCCUCAGGGUUUUUUGACAGCCAUGCGCCAGGAGACGACUCGGGCCAACCUCUCCAAGGGCUGGGCCUUGGAUACGGUGGCCCUCGGCAACGAUGUCACCCGGAUGAUGAGGGAGGACGUGUCCUCCCCGCCCCCGGAGGAUGUGGGCGGAGUCUAUAUCUACGGCCUCUUCCUGGACGGAGCCGGAUGGGACAAACGCAACAUCAGGCUCACUGAGUCACCGCAAAAGGUCCUCUUCACGCCGCUGCCCGUGGUGCACGUGUACGCGGUGAGCACGGCCGACAGCAAGCGGCCGGCGGCGCCGUCCUCCGUGAACCUGUACUCGUGUCCCGUGUACAAGAAGCCCCGGCGCACCGACCUCACCUACAUCUUCGAGCUGGCGCUGCGCACCAGCCAGCAGCCGGACCACUGGACGCUACGCGGCACCGCGCUGCUCUGUGACUGCAAGUGAUCCACCGCCAGCUCCCCCCAGGGGCCACCAUGAGCGUUACCAUGGGGCUGCCCUUUAGCAGUUUAUCGCCUCAUAUUUAUUCCCUUCAGCGCCGCAAAACAUUCCUUUUAUUUGUCGAUUGAACUUUAUAUACGUAUCUAUACGUAUUGAACACAAUAUCCAUAAUUUCCAGUACCUCAUAAAUUAAUUGUUCUCCUCUAUUUUAUUUAAGGGCUUUAAUCGAUUUCACUUUUUUAAGCUUUAAUGAUUUGGUCAAGACGAAAAAAAGUCUUGUAUGGAAACAAUAAUACGUAGUAUUAUACGUAAUAUAUACUCUUUAUUCUCCAAAUAGUCAAGUAAUGGUGGAUCUUUAGUCACCCUUCGUAUAAUACCAAGUUUAACCUGUUUAUUGUACUACCAGCUGUGUAAAGCCUGGUUAAGAUGCAUUUGUAAAGCUAUUUAAUAAAUGCAAACCUAAAGAAAGGGUUGGCUACUACUAUAAG